AUGAAUGAAACGACGCAUGGCGCUCGGGGAAGUGUUCAGAGGAUGCUCAAACUGCGAGCCCGGCGUCCGCCCCCGCGUCGCCCUGGUCCAUCUCGCCGGCCGCGAAGCGACCCGCAUCGACAAAAGAAGCUGACAUACCUGCAUCCGCUUGCGAAAGCCCGCUCGUGGGAGCAGCUGCUCGACGUGAACACGAAGAGGGCGACCCAGGUCGACCAUCCCAGGAUUUGGACCAUGCGCUGGCACUACCCGAGCGCCCCGGAGACCAGGCUUGGCACGCCUCCGGCCCCAUACCCGGAAGCGCAAGGACGGCUGCAGACCCAGGAGGAGCGCACUCUGUUGUGGUCGGAGUCAAAUCCAUCACCGUAUGACGAGGAUGCCGACUUCGUGUUCGACGAUCAUGACGAAUCUCUCGAGGGCCCAGCUCAUGGAUCUUCCGACUUCGCCGUUUCUGACAGGGUGGAUGCAAUCCAAGUCCUGCCGGGUGGGCAGUCUUCCAACUCUGACCGAGAAGAAGAAAAUGCUGAAGCUGCCAGGAUCCAAUUAAUAAUCAAUGAAUUCCUUCGUGAUUUCGUGCCGAACUGA